AAAUCUUACGGCGUAGACGAGAAGGCCGUCGAAGACGUCGACAAAGACGAGCUCAACGUCGACGAGAGCAACGAGCAAUUGAACAAGCACAACGGCAACGGCGACAUCAACAAGAAACACAGCGUGAACAACGACGACAACAACAACGAGACCAAUUACGAGAACAACAACGUACACUAUAUCCACGCGGCCGAAGCCAACAAAGAAGACAAGAACGGUAUCAGAGAUGGUUAGAACGACUUGAACAGCAACAACAACAUCCAAACAGACAACCAACGAAUUACCAUCCACGCAUAGUAAUUCCAGGUGAUUAUGAUUAUUACAGUGGUGAAGAUGACCAAGAGAAUCUAUUAGAAGCGUACGAAUGGGAAAUCAUGAAUACACAACAACGUCGUGAUCAAAUACAAAUAAUGGAAUUAGAAGGAUUCGCAGCACUGGAACAACUAUUACUGAUUCAAAAUGAGCGUGAACAAUCUCAACAAAUUCGAGAUAUACAAGCAAUCGAUGAAGAAACACAACAGGAAUUCAACAGAUUUCAUCAUUGGGACCAACAACGACUAUUGGAUUAUGAAGAAAACCGCGAUACCCUAGUAUACGAACCGAAUGAUGAUAAUCAAGAACAAUUACAUCAAAUAGAUAUGCUUGAACAUUAUGAUAUAGAAAGACAACGACAAGCCGCGCUUAACGACAAUUGGGAUCAACGUCGUCUCAACGAAUAUUUGAGAAGUCCAACACCACCACAAUUACAAGACACCUCCUCGACCGUUGAUUACCUGCGACGACAUUGA